CGUUACAAAGAAAAAACAAAUCCUUUUUAAAUCGAAAAAUCGUUUCUUUUUUGUUUCCAAGCAAAAUCUGUUUCUGCCCAUCUCGAAUUCGACCGAACCCAUGUUCUAAUAUCCCUCAAAACACCCGAAUCUAUGUUAAAGAUCCUCCCUUUAUCCUGUUGAGAUAUAGUUUUAGUCGCUGGUGACUCAAUUAGAUACACACAGAGAUGGGAUCCGCCGCUGUCGCGAGUUCUUCUUCUUCCGAUGUAACGAUCUCAGCUCUGCGUGAGAAGCAUGAGAAGGAAAUAGAGAAUCUAACACUGACGACACAACCUCUGAACACACUGAAGCUGUUUGUUGAAGCUACUUUUCAGUACAUCAAGCGAUCGAUAUCGUAUCUGCUGGCUCAUGGAGGUUGGUUCAUGCUUGUAACCACUUUGCUAGUGGGAUUCGGAGUUUUGCUUGUCACUGUUGAUGGACCUCAUGGAAAGCAUGUUGAAGAACUAUUAGAGUAUGUCCGGUUUGGCUUAUGGUGGAUAGCACUUGGCGUCGCAUCUUCUAUUGGUCUUGGAUCUGGUCUUCACACUUUCGUUCUCUAUUUGGGUCCACACAUUGCUUUGUUCACUCUAAAGGCAACGCAAUGUGGCCGAGUUGAUCUGAAAUCUGCACCAUAUGAUACAAUACAGCUGAAACGUGUUCCCUCGUGGCUUGACAAAUCGUGUUCAGAAUUUGGCCCUCCUUUAAUGAUAUCAGCUGCUGGAUCUCGUGUUCCCCUUACCAGCAUAUUGCCACAAGUCCAAUUAGAGGCGAUUUUGUGGGGUAUUGGGACAGCUCUUGGGGAGCUUCCUCCAUAUUUCAUCUCUAGGGCAGCUAGUAUUUCUGGGAGUACAGUGGAUGGAAUGGAAGCUUUAGAUGCUUCCUCAUCUGAGGACAGUGGAUUUAUGGCGACUUACCUGAACCGGAUAAAGCGUUGGCUAUUAACCCAUUCGCAGCACUUGAAUUUCUUUACUGUCUUGGUUCUUGCUUCAGUCCCAAAUCCUCUGUUUGACCUUGCUGGAAUAAUGUGUGGACAAUUUGGAGUCCCUUUUUGGGAAUUCUUUCUGGCAACUUUAAUCGGAAAGGCGAUCAUCAAAACUCACAUACAGACAAUCUUUAUCAUCUGCGUUUGUAAUAACCAACUGCUCGAUUGGAUGGAGAACGAGCUGAUCUGGAUACUUAGCCAUGUCCCUGGUUUGGCAUCUGUGUUGCCUGGACUCACAGCCAAACUCCACGCCAUGAAAGAAAAGUAUAUUGAUGCACAACCCCCUGUUCCAUCUCAUAUCAAGGUGAAAAAAUGGGAUUUUUCGUUUGCAUCGAUCUGGAACGGGAUAGUGUGGCUCAUGCUCCUCAACUUCUUCGUCAAGAUUGUGACAGCUACUGCACAGAGACAUUUGAAGAAGAAGCAAGAGAUAGAAGUAGCUGCUUUGACUCAUUCAGAUUGAUCAAUUACCCCUAAACCAAACCCCACAAUCAUUUUCCCUUAUGCUCCAACAUCAAAACAGACACUAUCCAGAUUUGAGAAGAAGGAUUUAAAAAAAAAAAACAAAAACCAAAAUGGCUAGCUUUUCUUCUCAUCUUUUGCCUCGUUGACACAUUGUUCUUGGUGGGAUUUGUUCUGUAUAGUAAAAAGUUAGGAGGAAUUGGGAUUGUGAGAUUGCAGGAGGUUUAUUUUGAUCCUGUGAUUCCAUAGAGAAGGUUUUGUGGGAAGAACGAACUAAAAAAAAACAAAAAAAGCUUUAAUUGCUAAUUUGCUACUCUGCUUAUUUUCAUUGAAA